AUGGAUGUGGAGUUGGUGAAAGGGCUUUUGGAAACCAUCCGAAAUGCAAUGGUUUCAAAUAAGCAGCACGACGACGAAGCGGUACCAAUUAUUGAUCCGGACAAAAGCAACUACGAAGCAGCUGCCUGGUGCGAAAGCUUCGAUAAGUUAGGAGAAGAGUUUAAAUGGAGCAGCUUUGAGAAGGUUGCAAAAGCCGCAUAUUUCUAUAUGCAUGUGGAGUUGGUGAAAGGGCUUUUGGAAACCGUCCGAAAUGCAAUGGUUUCAUAUAAGCGGCACGACGACGUAGCGGUGCCAAUUAUUGAUCCGGACAAAAGCAACUACGAAGCAGCUGCCUGGUGCGAAAGCUUCGAUAAGUUAGGAGAAGAGUUUAAAUGGAGCAGCUUUGAGAAGGUUGCAAAAGCCGCAUAUUUCAAUAUGGAUGUGGAGUUGGUGAAAGGGCUUUUGGAAACCAUCCGAAAUGCAAUGGUUUCAAAUAAGCGGCACGACGACUUGGCGGUGCCAAUUAUCCGGACAAAAGCAACUACGAAGCAGCUGCCUGGUGCGAAAGCUUCGAUAAGUUAG